ACAGCAACUAGCCUUCUGGAAGACCCUUUUGAGAAGUAAAGUGGCCUUUGGUCUGGGUGUAUUUUACAUUGCUAGCCAUGUCCCAAGUGAAAAGUAUCCUGCAGAAAUUCGCAACGUCUAAGAUCAAGCGCAGGCUAUCCUUCGCAGCAAAUGUUAAAAAUCCGGAUGACGAACCGAUCCCACCACCAGAGGCUUUCAUUGCGAAACGGCCGAGCUUGAGCAAUUUGGGACAAUCAACAGGCGGUGGUCAAGGAAACGCGGCAGUGGGACCCGCCCCCGCUGCUGCCCCGGCUCGCCCUGGUGGUCGAAUGCAGGUGGAAGUGGUGCGUGACCAAGACGGCAUCCUCUCGGACGCCCUCGGUGGAGACGCCGCUGCAGCCAUACCGCUCCUGUUGUGCGUGGGCCUCUGCUUGUGCCUUGUCGCAGGGGGUUUCAUCAUCGUACUGCAGGCACUGUCCGGAACCACAUCGAGCGAAUCGUUGGAGACCACCGUCAGUGGUACAAAUCUCACCAGCGCCAAGAUGACUAAACCGAACCCAGGCGGCAGGCGGGGAGACGAGGGCCCUAUAUUGACCGAGCCUUCUGCAGAUACUGUUGUGUCGACAGUCCAAUCCCAUUCGAACGAAUAUCAGGAUGGUACCACAGGCGACUCCUCAAGAUAGCGAAUGGACGUCCUGAGAAUAUCAUCAUCGUACCCUCCAGCCACGACACACAGCAUAGUUCGUGGUGUACAUUUGCAGUAUAUAUAUACAUUUAUUUGGCGUGCU